CGGGAACUUCUGGCAACUUUCUUUCCCCAAAGCUUCAAGCUUGUCCCCCCUCCUCAACCAAACCCAACGCCCACCACGCUACAAUGCUUUCCGGAAUCCUAGUCUUCAACCAAAAGGGCGAGAACCUUAUCUUCCGUGCCUUCCGCAAUGACUGCCGGCCCCGACUCGCAGACAUCUUCCGCAUCCAGGUCAUCUCCAACCCCCAAGUCCGCUCCCCGAUCCUGACCCUGGGCUCGACAACAUUCAGCCAUGUCAAGCACGAGAACAUCUACCUCGUCGCUGUGACGAAGAGUAAUGCGAAUGCGGCGCUGGUAUUCGAGUUCUUGUAUCGUUUUAUUCUGCUGGGGAAGAGCUAUUUUGGCAAGUUCGAUGAGGAGGCUGUGAAGAAUAACUUUGUGCUUAUUUAUGAGCUUUUGGAUGAAAUCCUUGACUUUGGUUACCCGCAAAACACCGAGACAGACACAUUGAAGAUGUACAUCACGACGGAGGGCGUCAAGUCCGCGAUCGCAAAUAACCCCACUGACUCGAGCCGGAUAACAAUGCAGGCAACAGGCGCCCUCUCGUGGCGCCGUGCAGACGUGAAAUACCGCAAGAACGAGGCCUUCGUCGACGUAAUCGAAGACGUGAACCUGCUCAUGUCCGCGACAGGGACCGUCCUCCGCGCAGAUGUCAAUGGGCAGAUUGUCAUGCGAGCCUAUCUGACGGGAACACCAGAGUGCAAGUUUGGGCUGAACGACCGGCUCCUUCUCGACAACGACUCCGCGGGCCCGGGGUCCGGUUCCGGAUCAGGGUCGCUGGGAGGGAACAAGAUGGGCCUGGGAAGCUCCAAGACGCGUGCGGCAGCAGGUUCUGUGACACUCGAGGAUUGUCAGUUCCACCAGUGCGUGAAGCUCGGCCGCUUCGACGCAGACCGCAUCAUCUCCUUCGUACCGCCGGACGGCGAGUUUGAACUCAUGCGCUACCGCGCCACGGAAAACGUCAAUCUUCCCUUCAAAGUCCACCCGAUCGUGCGCGAAAUCGGCACCACGAAAGUUGAAUAUAGCGUCGCGAUCAAGGCAAACUACUCGUCGAAGCUCUUCGCCACAAACGUCGUCAUCCGCAUCCCGACCCCGCUCAACACUGCAAAGACCACGGAACGCACCUCGCAGGGCCGCGCAAAGUAUGAGCCCGAACACAACAAUAUCGUCUGGAAAAUUGCGCGCUUCUCCGGCGGCAGCGAGUACGUUCUCACCGCGGAGGCAACUUUAACGAGCAUGACGAAUCAAAAGGCCUGGAGCCGGCCACCGUUGAGUCUGAACUUUAGUCUGCUCAUGUUUACGAGUUCCGGGUUGCUGGUACGGUACCUCAAGGUCUUUGAGAAGAGCAACUACAGCAGUGUCAAGUGGGUGAGGUAUAUGACUCGCGCGGGAAGUUACGAAAUUCGAUUCUGAUCCUUGCAUUUUUACUCACUUUGGUAAAUCGAACAUGUUAGCAUUUGUCUCAUCUUACCAUUCAUUUUGACAUUGAUCAUCUUCUUCGUUGCCUACUACUAGCUGGGUAAGGUUAAUGCUUGCUGGUUGAGCUUGGUGUUCGGCGUUUGAUAUAGGUAGUUUACAUACAUCCGUAUACAUCACAUCAUAUUUCAUUGCACCUCUUACUGUGUCUUCACUGUGGGUCAUUCACCAAAGCUGCCAGUGAUACGCGACGAGUACUAGAACCGGGACAUGAAGAUCGCGUGUGUGUGUAUAUAUAUAGAAAUGUAUGUAGAUUUGUACUCACUGACCCAAGAGAUGUCAUAUCGAUUCCUACCACUAGUCCACUCCGGGAGUGUUCAAUCAUAUCUCGCUGCUGGCUUAGCGUCACCAAGAAAGAAAUAUAUCUAGUCAGACCUAGGUCGUGGAAGCAAAUGGGUCAAAAGAUUUACUAUACUGAGGAUCUAGUGGUGC